ACGAGCAUAUGCUUAGUCACACAGGAGAGAAACCUCAUGUGUGUGAAGUAUGUAAGAAAUCCUUUAGUCAGAAGUCUACUUUAAACAGCCAUAUGCUUAUUCACACAGGAGAGAUACCUCAUGUGUGUCAAGUAUGUAUGAAGUCAUUUAGUCUAAAGUCUACUUUAAACUCCCAUAUGCUUAUUCACACAGGAGAGAAACCUCAUGUGUGUGAAGUAUGUAAGAAGUCCUUUAGUCAGAAGUCUCAUCUAAGCAGGCAUAUGCUUAUUCACACAGGAGAGAAACCUCAUGUGUGUGAAGUAUGUAAGAAGUCAUUUAAACGGAAGGAUCAAUUAAACGAGCAUAUGCUUAGUCACACAGGAGAGAAACCUCAUGUGUGUGAAGUAUGUAAGAAAUCCUUUAGUCAGAAGUCUACUUUAAACAGCCAUAUGCUUAUUCACACAGGAGAGAUACCUCAUGUGUGUCAAGUAUGUAUGAAGUCAUUUAGUCUAAAGUCUACUUUAAACACCCAUAUGCUUAUUCACACAGGAGAGAAACCUCAUGUGUGUGAAGUAUGUAAGAAGUCAUUUAAGUGA